CCAGCCGGGGAGCACUGGGCCCCGGGAAGCGGAGAGAGUUUGCCGGGUGUAUGGAGUGGUGAGUGGCGGCGCGGAGCCGGUGGAUUGUGAGUUGGGAAUACAUUGUAACUUGUGUCUGAUAGCUUGUUGCUGGAAGUUGCUACUUUGUAGCUGGUGCAGGAUUCGCUUUGACGACCAAUGAUGGCUGAAGAAGACACAUAUCGUCUUGGAGUCCCUGAUAUGUAUGGUAUUGAUGAUUAUAAUGCUUUAGAAUUACCCAACUCCAUGUUUACCUCUCCGAUGGGUCCCACAGAUUCUCCUCUGCAGACACCUGAUGGACCAUACCUGCAGAUUCUAGAACAACCCAAACAGAGAGGAUUUCGUUUCCGUUAUGGAUGUGAGGGACCAUCCCAUGGAGGAUUACCUGGUGCAUCGAGUGAGAAAAACAAGAAAUCCUACCCUACUGUGAAGAUAUGCAACUACGUUGGACAAGCAAAGAUUGUUGUUCAGUUGGUGACCUAUGGGAAGGAUAAUGUACAUCUCCAUGCUCACAGUCUCGUUGGCAAACAGUGUGAAAAAGGAAUAUGUUUAGUUCAAGUGGGUCCCAAGGAAAUGAUUUCAACAUUUCCGAACCUUGGUAUUCUCCACGUGACAAAGAAGAAUGUUGCCAGUACGCUUGAGCAGAGAAUGACACAGGCUUAUGUGAUGGGUUAUAACAAUGGAGUUGUAAUUCACCCAGAAUUAAAUCAUCGACACAACGAAGGCUACGGUCAGAGGGAGCUCACAGAACGUGAAAAGGAGUUAAUCCAUCAGGCUUCCAUACAACAAGCGAAAGAAAUGGACCUGAGUGUCGUACGUCUCAUGUUUACAGCUCUGCUUCCAGACAGCAGCUGUCGAUUUACACGCAAAUUGGAACCUGUCAUUUCUGACCCCAUCUAUGACAGCAAGGCACCAAAUGCAUCAAAUUUGAGGAUUGUCAGAAUGGAUAAGACUGCAGGAUGUGUGGUUGGAGGAGAUGAGGUUUACCUACUUUGUGAUAAAGUCCAGAAAGAUGAUAUCCAGGUUCGAUUCUAUGAAGAGGAUGAAAAUGGUGGAAUUUGGGAAGCGUUUGGGGACUUUGGUCCAACAGAUGUUCAUCGGCAGUUUGCUAUAGUUUUUAGAACGCCAAAAUACCGGGACGUGGACAUUUCCAAACCUGCGUCUGUGUUUGUACAGCUUCGUAGAAAAUCUGACAAUGAAACAAGUGAACCAAAGCCAUUUACCUACUACCCACUGAUUAAAGACAAGGAGGAGGUACAAAGGAAGCGACUGAAACUUCUACCAAAUUUCUCUGACCAUUUUGGAGGUGGAGCAGGCUCAGGAGGAGGUGGGGUUUACGGAGGAGGGGGUGGAGCAGGAGGAGGUUCCAAUUACUUUGCUGGGUUUCAAGGAUAUUCCAACUACAGUAGUUACACUUACACGCCUGGGACCACAAACUCCAGUGCUGGAAUGAAACACGCUGUCUGUUGCCUGACUGAGAAUUCCGAUUGUGUGAAAUCAGCUGUAAGCUCUACAUCCAGCAACCAGCCAACACCCGAGGCUGGAGCUCAAUCCGCUGGGAUCAUCGGUAACUCGGACGCUGCAGAUCCAGCAGUAACUGCUGAAGAAACAGCAGCAAAUCAAUACUUCUUAGAAAAAGCCCUGACCCUUGCUGAGAGACAUGCGAGUGCCCUGUUGGAUUAUUCUGUAACUGGUGACACCAAGAUGUUGCUUGCUGUUCAGCGCCACCUCACUGCAGUUCAGGACCAAAACGGAGAUACAGCUUUACAUCUUGCAAUUAUUCAUUUCCAAUCUGGAGUGGUUCAACAUCUUUUACAAGUCAUCAUCAGCCUUCCUGGACAAGACAUCAUCAACAUGAGGAACGAUCUUUAUCAGACACCAUUGCACCUGGCAGUCAUCACAAGACAGGCCGAGGUGGUCGAGUUAUUGCUUCAAGCUGGAGCUGACAUGAAUCUCCUCGAUUGCCUUGGAAACUCUGUUCUACACCUGGCAGCACAACAGGGAGAUGUGAAGGUGCUCAAUGUCCUCCUAAGCAAAAAGAACAAGCCUGUGGUAAAACUCCUCCAUUUGCCAAAUAAUGCAGGUUUCAACGUUGUUCACCUGGCUGUGUUAGCGAAUAGUCUGUCGUCCCUGAGGCAGCUGAUUGCAGCUGGCGCUGAUGUGGAUUCUCCUGAGCAGCAAGCAGGUCGCACUGCACUCCACCUCGCAGUCGAGCAGGAAAACAUCUCCUUGGCUGGUAGUCUCCUCCUGGAGGGCAGUGCAGAAGUCGAUGCCACCACUUUUGAUGGGUCUACAGCUCUUCACAUUGCAGCAGGAAGAGGCUAUACCAAACUCUGUGCCUUACUAAUAGCAGCAGGUGCAGAUCCACAUAUCGAGAAUCAUGAGCCACUGGAUGACAAAACUGAUGAAUCUGUUGAAGAUGAUGAUGAAGGAAUCUUUCAUGGUACCACACCCUUGGACAUGUCAGCCUCAGAAGAGGUUUAUGACAUUCUGAACGGUAAACCAUACCAACCAAAACCUGCACCUGCAGCUCCUUUCCCACAAGGUGAUUUAGGUCAGUUGGAUACAGAAGCAAGGCUGGAGCUGUGUAAACUGUUGGAGGUACCUGAACCCAGUCUGAACUGGAUGACUCUCGCUCAGAAACUGGGUCUUGGGAUUUUAAUCAAUGCCUUUAAACUCAGCCAAUCCCCAGCAAAAACACUUCUGGAUAACUACGAGGUGUCUGGUGGCACUGUGAUGGAGAUUCUGGAAACAUUGAAGUCUAUGGGCUACAAUAAAGCAAUUGAUGUUCUUCACAAAGCAAUGGCUAACUCAACAAGUGCACAACCAGACAGAACAAGUAACUCACCAACGCCGAUUGUACAACCCAACAUUGUUCAGAUUGACACAAAAUCCCAGCAGUGUGACAGUGUGUGUGACAGUGGAGUGGAGACAUCAUUUAGGAGAUUAAGCCACAUGUCAACAGAAUGUUACAGCAACAACCAGACUUCUUUUGAACUGUGAAGAUUGCAGCAAGGAUCUCAGUACAGUUGAUUGAUCAGGACCAACCGAAGCAAAUGCAGUUAAUGGAUUUCAACCUAGUUUGUAAUCUGAGACCUGUGUUGUUCCAGCUCUAAUUAUUGUCAUAAGACAUUAUUUUAACACAGGUCAGUGCUUCGAUUUAAUCAGACAAGUUCUCUGACUUAAAUAACUAUUAUUCAAUUCCCCUCAUUUUAUAAAGUAAAUAUAAAUCUAUACAUGGACCAAAAAUGAUCAUUUGCAAAGCUAGCAGCCCUAUGUGCUUGAGCACACACUUACAAGCCUGACAAUCCCAGUGGAGAACUGAGAGUGCUGCAUUGUCAGACAUGCCGUCUUUUGGAUAAGACGUUAAACUGAGGUACCAUCUGUCUUUUCAGAAGCAUUUAAAAGCUCCAGUGACAGAUUCGGUUACCUUCCCUCCAGUGUCCAGGGCAAUAUAUAUUCUUUAACUAGAUUCUGGUUAUUAUCACACUGUGGGAUCAUGCUGUGUAUCCUACAUUUUACAAUGACUGCAUGGUGCUAUAGAAAUGCAGGUCUGUCUGUCUUAGUACUGAUUAGUAUUAACAAAGAGAAGCUUCUCAGUUUGUCUGCAAUUUUUUCACAUGGCCGUGCAUUUUUGCAAAUGCAGAAAAUGGAGACAGUUGAGAGGGUUUUGCUUUGGUAAUCGCUAAGCUGAAUUGUGAUUUUUACAUUCAACAAAAGGCUGAUUGUACAUUUUACCACAGCGCCCCUCAACAACCUUAAAUGGAUAUUUGUAAAUAGUUACAGCAGCUUUGGUUGUCUAAAUUAGUCUUUUUUAAAAAAAAAUCUUGCUUAUUGUGAUUUAAAUUUUGUAAGUUUUUGUUUUCAUAAGCAAUUAAAAAUUGAACCAAACUGUUA